UUUCAAUUGAAUCUGGUAUUCAUUUUUGUUCUGUGUCUUUUCUACUUUCUUUUUGAUCUGAUACAUAUUCAUUCUUUUCUUUAAAAAAAACAAACCACAUUCUUUCACCAUGAAGUUCAACGUUGUCGCCUCGCUGGGUCUCCUGGGCUGCGCCCUUUCCCUGCCCGCUCCCAUCCGCAACUACAUCCGCCACCAGGGCCUUGAGGCGCCGUUCCCUCUGCCUCCUGGCGUCCUCCAGCCUCCCGGCGACUUCGCCACGGGCGUGCCCAACCCUACCGGCACCUCCGUCCCGACCAACACGCCCGUGCCCACCGGCGCCACCUUCCAGAAGCGCGCGGCCCUGGAUAUUCCUGGUCUCACCGACCUGCCCUUCCCUUUCCCCACCGACCUCCCGACUGGUCUGCCCACUGGUCUGCCCACUGGCCUGCCCACCGGCCUGCCCACUGGUCUCCCGACUGACCUCCCGAUCCCUACUGGCCUGUUCCCCACCGGCCUUCCCACCGGCCUCCCGAGCAUCCCCUUCCCGACCGACCUGCCCAUCCCGACUGGCCUCCCGACUGGCCUCCCCACGGGCUUCCCUCCUCUGCCCACUGGCCUGCCUUUCGGCGCUUAAGUGGCUGGCAAUGACGGGAUUAAUACGCCAUCCGAGUGAAGCGGUGGCAUUGAGUGUGAAUGGGGAAGAUGCGAUGCUAGAAAGUUUGUCACAUAUAUCUGUCCUACAUUGGAUGGGGUUUCGGUUGUUACAUAGUCCCAGCGGUUCUUGAAAGGCACAGGUUGUCAUUAGGAAGUUGGACUCUUCAAUUCAUUC